AUGCAUGCCAGAAACCCCCAUUCUCCUUUUCAAAGACUACAUAUGAUGGAUUGCGAUCUUUCAGCUCAGCAGGACACAGGGACCAUGCAAGCUGUAAUUGGUCAGGAUCCAAUGAUAGCUGGACAAGUCAGUAAGCUCUUGCUGUCACUGCGGAGUGAAAUGAAUGCAGAGUUGAGAGGUGAGGACAAGGCAGCUACUUCAGACAACGAGCUGAAUGAGCCCUUGCUUGCGCCUGUGGAAUCAAAUGACAGCGAGGACACUCCCAGCAAGCUCUUUGAGGCCAGAGGAAACACAGUGCUGCCUGAUACAAGCCCAGCAGACCAGCACCAACCCAGUCAGUCCCAUCCUGCAUUCCCUGUUGGGCCUCAGCCACUACUGACAGCCCAACAGUUAGCCUCAGCAGUAGCAGGGGUGAUGCCAGGAGGCACUCCAGCCCUGAAUCAGCCAAUCCUUAUUCCUUUCAAUAUGGCUGGGCAGCUGGGGGGCCAACAAGGACUCGUCCUAACUCUACCUACAGCAAAUCUCACCAACAUCCAAGGACUGGUAGCAGCAGCUGCAGCAGGAGGCAUCAUGACUUUGCCAUUGCAAAAUCUACAAGCUACCUCAUCCCUGAACUCCCAGCUUCAACAGCUUCAGCAUCUUCAGCAGCUCCAGCAUCAGCAGCAGCAGCAGCAGCAGCAGCAGCAGCAAAGCCAGCAGCAGCAGCAAGCUCAGCAGGCACAGACUCCACAGCCAGCCCAGCAGACCCAGCAAUCACAGCCACAGCCAUCAGCACCACCACAGCAGAACCAAACACAGUCCCAGAGCCAGGGCCAACCACCUCUAGCCUCACAGUCCUCCAGCUCCCCUCAGAAAACCAGCCAGUCACCAGGGCAUGGCCUUCCAUCUCCUCUUACUUCACCAAAUCCAUUGCAGCUGGUUAAUAAUCCGCUAGCAAGUCAAGCAGCAGCAGCAGCAGCAGCCAUGGGCUCAAUAGCAAACUCACAGGCCUUUGGAAACGCCCUCUCCAGUCUUCAGGGAGUCACAGGCCAGCUCGUCACUAAUGCACAAGGACAGAUUAUUGGAACAAUCCCACUGAUGCCUAAUCCAGUCCCGUCCAGCCAGGCGGCAGGUGGAGCUCAGGGACUUCAGGUGCAGCCGAUAACUCCACAGUUAUUGACCAAUGCCCAGGGUCAGAUCAUCGCCACUGUCAUCGGCAACCAGAUACUCCCAGUGAUCAAUACCCAGGGAAUAACACUAUCGCCGCUCAAACCAGGCCAGCAGCUCCAUCAGCCUUCCCAGACGCAAGUGGGACAAGCAGCUUCACAGUCCAAUCUCCUGCAUUUGGCUCAGAGUCAAGCAUCUAUGUCUCAAAGCCCAGUGCGUCAGGCUUCCUCUUCUUCCUCCUCAUCCUCCUCCUCUUCAGCUUUGAGUGUUGGCCAGUUAGUCAGCAAUCCUCAGACAGCCACUGGAGAAGUGGAUGGGGUAAAUCUGGAAGAAAUACGAGAAUUUGCCAAAGCUUUUAAAAUCCGGCGCCUGUCCCUUGGCCUGACACAGACUCAAGUUGGCCAAGCCCUGAGCGCCACUGAAGGCCCAGCCUAUAGCCAGUCUGCCAUCUGCAGACACACCAUCCUGAGAAGCCACUUUUUCCUACCACAGGAAGCCCAAGAGAACACUAUAGCUAGCAGUCUGACAGCCAAACUGAACCCUGGCCUUUUGUAUCCUGCCAGGUUUGAAAAGCUGGACAUCACCCCUAAAAGUGCCCAGAAGAUAAAGCCGGUGCUUGAGCGGUGGAUGGCUGAGGCUGAGGCCCGCCAUCGAGCAGGGAUGCAGAACCUUACCGAGUUUAUUGGGAGCGAACCAUCCAAAAAGCGCAAGAGGCGUACCUCAUUCACGCCACAAGCCCUUGAAAUCUUGAAUGCCCACUUUGAGAAGAACACGCAUCCCUCUGGGCAAGAAAUGACAGAGAUUGCAGAGAAACUGAACUAUGACCGGGAAGUAGUUAGAGUUUGGUUCUGCAAUAAGAGGCAAGCACUGAAGAACACAAUUAAACGUUUGAAACAACACGAGCCUGCAACAGCAGUUCCUAUGGAGCCUUUAACAGACACUCUGGAAGAAAACUCCUAA